AUGACCUUGAGUUCUUGCCCGGACUUGUUUCGCAGCUCUUCCAUUCUUGAUCAUUUCAUACUUCUUUCCACACAGACCCAGAUACUCAAAACCCAAGCGAGAAAGGACGUGGUGGACAGUCCCUCCUGCGAGCACAAAGACAUGUGCCUGGCUUCAAAAGUCUCAUUGGUGCAAAGCGACCCGAGUUUUACCCAUCAAAACACCAUCUUCAAUAAGGAGAUCUCUCAGGCUGAGACGUGGAUCCGAGCGAAGCUGCGAGACCUGAGGGACGCCAGUAACGUCCACAGAUGUCCUCUGACCGACUGGGAGGAAGUUUGUCAAACCCUCCAGAGAGAUUUGAAGGACUUUGAGAACACCAUCAUUCAACUCAACCAGAUGGGAGAGCAAUUAAUGUGCAAGCUUAACCCGACAUCUGACCUGGUGAAGAAACAUCUGGCUCAGAUCCUCGACCAAUGGAACGCGCUCAAACAGACGGCAGCCAAUCAAAUCAAGGCAAUGGGCGGGGCUAAGGCCCUCCAGGAGUUUAAUAAGAAGGUGGACCGUCUGGAGUCGUGGAUCAAAGCGAAGGAGCAGGAACAAUCGCUGGCCAACAUCCUUGGGGAAAACACUGACAAGAUGCAGCUUACCAGGAAGAUACUGGAUUUGAAACAGGAUGAGCAGCUAUAUCAUAAUCUUCAUGAGGAGAUCAAUCAUAUGGCCCUCAGACUGGAAAAACAGGGAAAGACUGAAGGAAAGACCAUCUCAACCCGCAGGAAACAUAUCAACAAAAUGUGGCUGAAGGCCCAGUCGCACCUGAAAGAAUAUCAGGAGAAUCUCCAGCUCGCCCUCGAAGUCUCGUCCUUCUACCAGCAGGCCGAUAACAUUGUCUGUUCCAUCGACAGCAUGAGAAAAAGCCUCUCUGCGAGCAACGGAGUGGAAAAUGCCAGAGAUGGGGAAAUUCGGGACGUUGCCAGUCAAAUCAUGAUGCUGGAUGUGAGCGUUUCCCAGCUCUCCAACCUGCACCCGGCGCUGGCGGCCCGCGUCACACAGAAGCAGAGCGAGGUGAAAGACUGCUGGACCGUCCUCCAGAAGACUCUCAGGAACGAAAAGGCAGCUCAACUCCCCUCCACCCCCUCGUUAACCAGGGACAGCAGUGACCCUGAAACCCGGAGCAGCGUGGGAACAGACCCACACAGAAUUAUGGGAAAGGAGGUUAAAGAGGAGCAAAAUCGUCUGAAGGGGUUUACGGCCGGGAGAGAUGCCGAGCACUACGGGAAGCCCGCAGACAGCUGGGAUGCCUGUGCCAGCGAUGUCCCCCUCAAACUCCACACAGCCACUGAAAGCGGGAACGCGUCGAGGCCCGAGUCCAGCGGCCACACACCGCUCCACACGCAACUCCAGAAGUUCACCGUUUCUGCAGACAAGACUCUCUCCUGGCUCAAAGACAGCGUUGCGAUGGCCACUCAGAUCUGCAGUUUGGCCGGGCCGAACGGUUUUGAAGCAGCCAAGAGGCGCCAGGCCUCACUGGAACAGGAUAUCCUGUCCAACAGAGCCAGGAUAGAGCUGGUCAAGAAGGAGGGUUACAGUCUGGUGAGGGCUCAGCAUCCGGGCAGCAUCAAGAUCCAGGAGUUUCUGAGUCAGCUGGAGGUUCUGUGGGACGAGCUGAGGAGAAGACAUGAGAGGAACGGUCUGGUCCUGAAGGUCUCAGAGGAGCUCAACUACAGGGCUGAAUACGGGGUCUUGAAGGAGGAGGUGGAGGCCAUGGUGAGUCUGGCGAGCCGUUUGUCAGACGUGUGUCCGGAGAGGAUGAACGCUGUAGGGACUGAGAUUCAGACCAGCCUGAACGCCUGGGACGAGCUCAGCCAAAGUGUGGCCGAAAACAAGAAGAGACUCCUGCAGUUUGGACACCUGCGCCAUUUCUUUAGGAGCUAUCUGGCAAUGAUCUCUUGGACAGAAGACACCCGCUCCUGCAUUUUCUCAGAAAGCGCUCUGCGUCAAAGCCGAGAGAACCAGGAGCCUCUGGUUGAGGUUCUGGAUCGGCAGAUAGAGCAGAAAUUUGAGGAGUUUGAUCAGCUUGCUGUGGCUGGAAAAAAACUCUUUGACGACGAGCAUCACCUCAACAAAAUGAUCAGAGAGAGGAUGGAGGAGCUGAGGAGCAUGCUGGGAUGGAUCCUGGUCCACUGGAGGGCUCAGAAGGAUCAGCUGUUGAGCAGACAGAAGGCUGAAGAAGCUCAGACAGACGCUAUUUACUCAGAGGCCACGGUCUGCAGCCUGCAAACACAGGUGGAAACCUCACCCGAGGCUUCUCAGAAGAGAACAGAAAGCCUCACAAGUGCUCCCCCUGGUGACACGGAGGACAGUUUGCAGCACAAUUAUGAAUACGAGGUGAUGAAGAGUGUCAGUCCUAAAGGAAGCGAUGAUAGCGGUCAUUUAAAAAGGCCGAACUCGCCGUACCUGGUGCUGAAGGAAUCCAGUCCUUCAGCUUUAGGAGGUACUGUCAAUCUCAUCCUCAGCUUCAGUAACUCUGGAGACACACAAAUCCAGGUACAAGCGCCCGGCAGGGAAGGUGGCGUGCCGGUGCUCGAACCUGUGCACAGGCCUGCUGAGUCUCACACUUCUGCCUGUAAAAGUUUUUGGAAGUGCUGCCAGGGGAUUUUUGGUAGUUUAAAGCGAAAGCAAAAGAUUUAUCGACACAGUGCAGAAGAGGUAAGUACUUACUUGCAUGUUACAGAAAACAACACGGCAGUGUAUGAGAGUAUGACGCUUCCCCAAGACAAAGCCCAGAGGUCCUCUUCCUCCUCUCCCAGUACCUCCCUGUAUGCUUUCUCCUCCCCUUGCACCUCCCCAUACUCCUCGUCCUCCAUUGAAGACACCCUUCUGCAUACCAACAACCUCCUGCCAAAGAAUAGCAACAUCUCAAUCUUUAGCAGCCUGAAGAGGAAGAGCAAGAAGGCGAAGAAGAAGAAAGAUGACCGUAGACACACCAUUCAGAAGAUCAUGGGAGAGGAGCUGUCGGAGGAGGCUGGGUUGCCACCUGUAUGUGAACCGGUGACAUACGAUACACAUACUUGGCCCCUGAAGGAAAGGAAGAAGCGGAAAAAUGCAAGGAAGCCAAACAGAGAUGGGACUCAGGUCUUGGACUACAUAAAGAACCCUUUAGUGAAAGACAUAGAUGCAGAAUGUCCUGGAGAGGUUGGAUUUCCAGUUCACCAUACCUUAGAGGUUGCCACCCAAGGACAUGUGAAGAACCACUGCAGAUUUCUGUCCUUGGGCUCUGUGUUAAGCUUUGACCUGCCCAAGGAUAUGAGCCUCAUCCCUAGCAUUCAAGAUGUCAUCACAAUUGGCCCUCCUGAGCAAAAAAAGACAGACUCUUAUCACCAGGACUCUCAGGUUGAUCGUCCAACAGCUCUGAGCACCUUUAAAACAGCCCGCUCACCUCCAACACAAAAAGAAGAGCUCAAACUAAUUUCCCCAGGUGAAGUAACCCUCAAUAUUGAUUGUAAAGACUCCAAAAAGAUCAGCAUUGACACUGUAUCAUUUACUAAAGAUGAAUUUCCUCCUACACCUUCUCCUGUUGUUGAAGACAUCUCAUUUGAGGAGAAUCGUCCCUCAUCACUCAGUGAUCUGACCAAUAUCCAACAGAAACACCUAUCUGGGAUCAGUAAAGUGCCUAAAGAAGAGGUGGUUAGUUGGGGAGCUAAUGAAACUCAACUUGACUGCAAAGAGAACUACUAUGUAAGCCCACCAGAAGAUGCAAGCCGAGGGAUAGUCAACCACAGCUCAACUAUGGCAGAGAUUCAUGUAUGUCCUAGUGUCCAUACCAUGGUUCACAAACUUAAUGGACACGUGUACCAUAGGCCAGCGAAAUCCUCCAGCACUCAACAGUUAAGUCCCAGCCAUGCAUCUCAUGUGGUGUUGAACUUCAGAGCCAAUGGAAGAGAGGACUCAGUGGACUCUGGUCACUCCAGCUCUGGAAGCUUCAAGUUAUGUGCUGAGGGUCCGUACAUAGACUCCUCAGAUUGUCCAGUGCCUCAGAGGACCUUUGGGAAGGUACCAUCCCUGGACGCAGGAAUCUCCAACAAGAACUUAGAGUUUUCCAAGGACAAGAGCAUUACCUUAUCUAUCGACGUUGAUGAUCCAGUUCAUCCUGACCAUCAACAGUUUGAGCAGGAAGAGGAGGAGCUGGAGGACAUCUGGAACCACACCAACCGCUACCGAGAGAGUCUUAACUCUGACAUCAUGUAUAAUGGCUACCAGGCCACCACUUCUCCAGACCGGCACAGGGAACCCUCACCCAAAGAACAAGCAGUGCUCUUCAGGAAGUUGGUCACGGCCUCCGCACCCAACCUUCUUGUGGCGGAGUUCAGACUGCCACCAUCCAUCCAGACUAUGGUGGGUUUUGGGAAUCAGCAGAACCCAAGGGAAGAGAGGAAAAUUCUGGAGAAAGGGGACAGGAGGUCUUGGGCUGCAUUCACACAACAGGAACAGGUUUACAAACAGGUGGCUGUUAAUGAAACCGCUUCAGAUAUGGUGAAAUUACCCAACAUAGAGGACCAGCAAAAGUAUAUCUACCAUUAUAAAGAGGAGGAGGAGGAGGAAAAGGAGGAGGAGAAGGAAACAGGGUUUCUGAAGGACCAGUCCAUGAGCCUCCUGUCUGUUCAUAUGGGAUUGGAUGGGUCCAAUGACAAUGAUAUCCAGAGUGGAAAACAAGAACUGGAACUGCCGUCUAUGGAAGGUACACUGGAGAGGAAACACAAACUACAACUGGGUGGAAAGAAGGCACCAUGCAGGGUGUGGAACUCCUAUCAUGCUGUGCUGUACAAACAAACAAUAUGUUUCUACAAGGACAGGAAAGAUACACUCAAGAGCUGGGCUCCUCUGAACCUAAUUGGAGCGGUGUGUGAACCGUCACCAGAGUACACCAAAAAACCCAACUGCUUCUGCUUGAGAUUACGUGAUGGAUCUGAGUAUCUCCUCAGUGCACCGUCCCGAUUUAUGAUGAAGAAAUGGAUCCUCAGAAUCCAAGCACACACUGCGUCUAGCGAUUCUGUAGUGAACAGAUCAACAUGUCAUGGGUCUUCAGCGACGCUCCCUAGACAUUCUCCUGCUAUCACCGGCUGUCAGUGUGGAGAUAAAUGCCACUGCUCCAUGAGAAAUUAUGUCACCACCACCGUUUUAGCACAGAGUCAGCCCGCCUCAGGCCGAACCAAAGAGAUCAUAGUCCACACCAAUGACGGACUGCAGAUCCACCAAAGGCACCAGGAUCUGUUGCGCCCCUCGUUCUCAGAUGCAGGUCAUUGUGAGGAUGAGUUUGACUCUCAUGGCGAGUUUCAGAGACAGAAUUUGUCCUCUAUGUCCACCGUUCAGGGCUGGACCAGCGAAAAGAGACGCUCACACUCCUUUACCUCAGCCACAUAUCAGAGGAUCAAGCCUGUAGCGCCCCCUUCAGGCAAAGGCCAGGACAGUAGCUCCAGCUACUCAGUGACUUUAUUCAUCAGAGAUGGUGAGAUGCCGUCAGUCUGUAAAAGCACAGUGAUGGCCCCGACAAACGGCGUCUGGCAGGAGUCUGUCUCCGAUCUGCCCAUUAAGAGCUACAUGAGCCUCCCGCGACCGCCCAACAAAUCCGUCUUCAGGAAGUUCUUUGGGAAAAAGGAGUGACGGACACUUUGUGACACUGCUGGUCAAAGACCCUGACUGACAUGUGCAGGACACAAGUUACAAUUUUUCUUACAUUUAUUUAUGGAUAUGAUGGCAAGAACCAUUUUUGUAUACUUUUAAAUGAGACCUUGUAUGAUUGUGUUGCUGCGAGAUAAAUGGAAAAUUCACUCCUUUUUAACUUCUCACUUUAUCAGCCAUUUUAAUAUCUGGCUCAAAUGGACGAUUUAGUCAAAAAUGAAAAUCAUGUAAUUUACCCUCAUGUUGUUCCAAACACAUAUGACUCUUUCUUUCAUGGAAUGCAUUUAGCAGCAAUUUUAUCCAAAGCAAAUUACAAAGAGAACAAAAGCAAUUUUAUCACAGAGCCAACAAUAUUCGCAAUAUGCAAUGCCAUUAGACAACUAUAGGAAGCAUGCUAGCGAAGAGGAGAAAUGCAGAGAAGAAAAGAACUGAAAUAUUUAAAGAACAAUGAAGUCUGUCAAGCUCCAAAAACACACCACAAAUCUAUCAUAACAAUUAUGCAUAUGACUUGUCCGCUAUAUUUCAAUUGCUUUGAAGUCAUAAAACAGCUUAGUGUGAGAAACGGACCCAAAUUUAUGUCAUUACUCUCUAACCAAACAUUUUAAUUAAACCUGAUUGAUGGCUGUGGGCCAAAAGUAAAUGCAUUAUA